GGAUGCGGGCCCCUGCAGGAGGGCCGGGCCCAGGCUGGGUCCCUCCGCGGAAUCGCUCGUGCCCUUUGCGCGCCACGCUUUGCGGGGCAAAACGUAACGGAGCCCCCCAACGCCCCCGACCCAGCCCAGGCCCGAGAUUCUCAGAGGCGUCCCCCAAUCUUGUGCGUUCGACCCCGGAUGGAACGGGGCUCCGUUUAUUUACCCAUUGUGAGGGUGGUCGGGCGAGGAGUGGGGAUUGGAGGGAGAAUUUUCCUGAUUCUAAAAUCCUUAAAUGGGGGGAUAAGGGGGCACUCCUCCCCCCCGUUGUCGUCUAGAGUUCAGAUUUUUCAUCCAUAAACCAGAAGUCAGAGGACAGUUAACUGCCCAUUCAUUGCACCCUGGGUCGGCGUGGGGGUGCUGGAAGGGCUGGGCGGUCAGUCGGGCCAGCGAGCCCACAGAGCUGCUCAGUCCUGCCUCCUCCCGAAAGCGUUCAGGAGCCUCGCGUUUGAAGUAGCCGAGUCAGGCAGGGAGGGGCGGGGAGUCCUUCCGCCGCGCUUAGGAGGGGCUGCAUUGCAGGGGGAGACUGAGCCGACCGACUCAGUCACCGAAGAGGGAGAGGGAGCGAGGAGACAAAGCCGGCGAAGCCCCCACAGCGGUCCUUCUCUCCAUCCAGAGCAGGCGCCGGAGCCCUGCGGUCCGCCCUCCGUCUUUGGAACACGCUAGUAAUCCGUUGAUAACAGGAAGUUAUGAGGGACCCUGUGAGUAGCCAGUACAGCUCCUUUCUUUUCUGGAGGAUGCCCAUUCCAGAACUGGAUCUGUCGGAGCUGGAAAGCCUGGGUCUGUCAGAUACAUCCACCUACAAGGUCAAGGACAGCAACGCUGGCAAAAUGACCGGGCAAGUGACCGGAAGAGAGGAGAAAAACCCUGAAGGCGAUGCCCUCCUUGAGUACAGCACGUUCAACUUCUGGAGAGCUCCCAUUGCCAGCAUCCAGUCCUUCGAACUGGACUUGCUCUAAACCCAAGACUUCUCUCUCCCACCACCUUGCCCUCAUUGUCUUCCCUUUCGAGACCCUUCCUUUCCACCCUUUUCCCCUAUUAAUCUUGCUCUCUCCCCUCUAUUGUGUUGAGGUGGUGCUGAUGAAUCUGCCAGAGGUGUGGUGUUAUUUAUUCAUAUAUUUAUUUAUUUAUUUAUUUAUUUUAUUUAAUUUAAUCAGUUCUCAAAAGCCCUUGAGCCACAAAGUGAACAGUUCAAGCAAUGAAGUGCUGGGUCACUCCGUCCCCCUGCCUCCCACCCCCACAUAAUUCUAGAAAACAGGCCAGAUGGGGGCACCAGAGAGUAGUAUGGCAGUACCAAAAGGAAGGACUAAUUUUUUACUUCAUUUCAAUCAGCUUCAGAGGUUGCGCGAACCUUCCUAAUUUCCUGCUCCAGGACAGUAAACACAAAUGUUUCCUCAAAGGUUGAUGAAUAUUUUGUAAGUUUUAAUUUGAGAUUAUCUGCAAUGAGAAAGUAGGAUUUCUAUAAAAGGCUAGGCUGGUAACUUUUUCGAUCCUGCUCCUUCAGUAAUACUCUUUUCCUCAGAGAAACUACCUUUUAUAUAAAGGUAUAAAACACGGGAAUAAUCCAUCAUGGAACAUGCAAACAGGAAAGCACUGAGUCACUUCAGAUGUAGCUACGCGCUCUCAAAAGAGUUUCUUCUUCAAGCCUACUCACUUGACAACUUUGCUUCUGGCUGUGGGUUAAAAACUGUAGCUGAGGAAAAUCACUCUUUCAUAUCUUAACAUGCAGUCUUGCUGACUCAUGAUAAUCUGUAAGGUUUUGAUUCCGUUUCUAAAAGACAUAGGGUUUGGUCCUUAGUAUUUUCGACUUGCUGUCCUGCACUUGCGAUGUAUAAUAUUGAUCAGCGGGCCUCAGGCACAGUUCUUCAGCUACCCUGAGACCGUGGAAUGAACAAUCACGUUCUGACCCUACACCGUGCCCACUCCGUCCAUGAUUGUCGCUGCUGAUUUGUGCUGCCAUUUAUUCAUUUCUUUAAUAAAGAUAUUCAAUCCCAGGA